GGCAGGAGAUCCGGAAGCAUGGCGGAGCUCGUUUUGGAACGCCCCGACGGACUGCCUGCCCUUACCGCUGGAGCUGCCCAGGCCUGGCCUGGACCAGAAGCCCCUGGGCCGGAGCCCUGAUCCCCGGAUGAAGAAACUGAGGUCCAGAGAAGUGCCGUGACUGGCCAGCGAGUCUCGAGGCGGGAUUUGAGCCCUGGUCUCCCUGACUGACAGACCUGCGCUUGCUGCUCCACUCUAGGCCAUGAGCCGGCACAGCCGGCUGCAGAAGCAGGUCCUAGGCCUGUACCGGGAGCUGCUGCGCGCCGCGCGGGGAAAGCCCGGCGCCGAGGCGCGGGUCCGAGCCGAGUUCCGGGAGCACGCGCGCCUGCAGCGGACCGACGUGCUGCGGAUCGAGUACUUAUACCGACGCGGCCGGCGCCAGCUGGAGCAGCUGCGGGGCAGCCACACCACGGGCAUGGGCGUCUUCGUCCCCAGACCACCCCCGGGGGCGUCGGACUCGGACCCGGCGCUGCAGCCGCACUCGGAGCCGAAGCCAGAAGCCGGGACAAAGGAGCCCUGAGAGAUGCCCAGCUCCGGCCCUCCCAGAAGCCUGGGUACGCACAGACAUUGUCAGCGCGCGCCCACGGAGCCUGGUCACACUCUCCCUCCCGCACCUUCCAGGCUCCCGCAGUAGACCGUCCUGGACCUGUCUCAACCUCCUAUCCCUGGAGGAAAAGGAAGGAAAAAACAAACAGAAAAACCCCGAGUCCCCCCUACCAACAACACCCCAAGUCCCCACAGUUUGACCCAAAUCCUUCCAAGACUUCCCCAGGUCUUGGACCCAUUGGCGUCCCACCUUCUCAUACCUCAAAGCCUCCAGCCUGUGCUGUGAGGAUCCUCAGAGAGGGGCUCUUGGGCCUGAUUCUGGGGCAGCUGUUCUCCCUUCCCCCCAAUAAAAUGGACCCCAUUUGUUAUGA